GAGACUGUGAGCGAGCGACGGAGAGAGAGAUGCAAUCCAUCUCGAAAGCUUCCUCUGCUGUCUCCUUCUUUCGCCAUUCUAGGAAGGAGACAGGUCGGAAAUAUAUGAAGCCAUGCCUGAGACAGCUUAACCUCAGAAAGGGUAUUGUCUGUGGAGUAAUGAAACUGUUCUCUGUGCCUCUUCGAACUGUUCGAGUUCCACGGUUCUGCAGUGUCUCCAAUGUCUCUUCCUCAUUGCAAAUUGAACUGGUGCCAUGUCUUCAGGAAAACUAUGCUUAUAUUUUGCAUGACGAAGAUACCGGCACAGUUGGAGUAGUUGACCCUUCUGAAGCUACGCCUGUUAUGGAUGCAUUGCAAAGGGACAAUCGAAAUCUGACGUACAUAUUGAAUACCCAUCAUCAUUAUGAUCACACUGGCGGGAAUCUGGAGUUAAAAGACAGGUAUGGUGCGAAGGUGAUUGGUUCGGCUGUAGAUAGGGACCGGAUCCCAGGAAUUGAUAUAGCUCUGAAGGAUUGUGACAGAUGGAUGUUUGCUGGCCAUGAAGUCCAUGUGCUCGAAACUCCUGGCCACACAAGAGGCCAUAUCAGUUUCUACUUUCCAGGGGCACGAGCAGUUUUCACGGGUGACACCUUGUUUAGCUUAUCAUGUGGUAAGCUCUUUGAAGGCACUCCCCAACAGAUGCAUGCUUCUCUCCAGAGGAUCGUUACUUUGCCCGACGACACAAGCAUAUACUGUGGUCAUGAAUAUACACUGAGCAAUUCCAAGUUUGCGCUGUCUAUAGAGCCAAAUAACGAGGUUCUCCAGUCCUAUGCAGCCCAUAUCGCAGAUCUCCGCAGCAAAAGAUUGCCAACGAUUCCGACAACGGUGAAGAUGGAGAGAGCAUGCAACCCUUUUCUAAGAACGACGAAUCCGGAGAUCCGAAGGGCAUUGGGGAUCUCAGAGGCAGCAGAUGAAGCAGAAGCUUUGGGAGUUAUACGUAGAGCAAAGGACAAUUUCAAAGCUUAGCCCUUUUCUGAUAAUAUAUAAAUAAAAUACGUAUAAAAUGGAUGGAGGUUUUUGUUCAACAAGUUCUUGCAGGGGAACUUCGGGUUUUUUUUUUCUCCUUCCAAUUUUAAUGAUUAAAAUGUUAUAAUGUAGAUGAAGACAAGGGCCAUCCUCUGUUUAUGGGAAGUGGAGGACGGCAACUUGACGUCGGUGGCAAAUCCGAGAAAGUUGAGGGAUCGGAUGAUAGGCCAAGCGAUGUCGAGUUGCCACCAUGCCUGGCCGAUGGAUGAUUCGAACGCAUGGUGAUUAUUGUGUGUA